AUCGCGUUGUCCGCCGGUAGUCCACCGCCAUCGUUGCUCAUACCGAAUAUUAUACACGGCGGUAUACACCCAGGAGCGCCGCGCCGCAUCAACCAGUUUUCUCGACGGCCUGGCCGCGUUCACUCACGUUUCAUCCGCACUCUGAACGCAAACGUCCCGCGCACACACACACACUAACGCCAUAACAUUUAGGAUCGGUACAGUGUUAUCAGAAACUUAACACCGUGCAACACAUACACCGGCGUUCGAAAUGAUCAAAUCAAAUGGAUGCGAUGCAUUCCUUUCGGAUUUGGACAAAGUCCCGUGCAUCCAGAUAGGGAGUUUUACGCUCCGUUUGGAACUCGACGAUGAAUUGUCACCUGAGUUGCAAGAAGUGGCUCUGAAAGAACUGAGGGAGACACCCGAGCGGAAAGAAGAUGCCAUCUGCGAACUAAAAAAGUUGCUUGAACAGGACAAAGACUUAAAGACACCAUUGCAUAACAAUGCUUGGCUCAUUAGAUUCCUUCGGCCGACCAAAUACUAUCCUGAGAGCGCGUACAACUUGAUCAAACAAUAUUAUCAGUUCAAAGUGAAGCACGCCAACAUGUACAAAGAACUGUCGCCCAGGACCGAGAAGAACAUAUUCGACCACAACAUACUUCAUGUUUUGCCAAAGCGUGACCAACACGGGCGCCGUAUAUUAGUCAUCGAAUUAGGAAAGAAAUGGAAACAUAAGAAGUGCACGUUGGACGAGGUGUUCAAAGGCGCAGUUAUAUUCUUGGAGGCGGCCUUGCUGGAACCUGCCACCCAAGUUGCUGGCGCUCUAGUCAUAUUCGAUAUGGACGGCCUUACGCUGCAGCAGACGUGGCAGUUCAGUCCGCCGUUUGCCAAGAGGAUCGUCGAUUGGCUUCAAGAUUGUGCCCCGGCCCGAGUCAAGGCAAUUCACAUAGUGAACCAGCCUGUUAUAUUUAGCGUAGUUUUUAACUUUUUCAAACCGUUUUUGAGGGAAAAACUGCGGUCUAGAAUCACUUUUCACGGUACCGAUAGAGCUUCUUUGCACAAACAUAUCAACCCGUCUUCUCUCCCAGAGCAUUACGGAGGCACUCUUGAUGUGGCGACCGUCACUGGACCCCAGUGGCACGAACUGUUGCUGCUGUGUGAUAAAGAAUUCACCGCUAUCAGACAAUAUGGUUAUAUCGGGAAAAAAUAAUUGUAGUCAACGGAAACUAACGAUCCUCGAGUCAAGACCUUAAGAUGCCGUAUACUGUGGUUGUCAAUGGAAACUUCACAUCAUUUAUACUUUAAUAUAAUAUUUAUUUUGUCUUCCGGUGUUUGUAAGUCUGUUACCUUAAAAAUGAAUUAUUUUUAAGUCAAAUAUACAUAUAUAUAUUUGACACAUUUUUUUAACGAUACAAUUGAAGCUCAAUGCAUAUUUAAUAUUAUAAGGUAAAUAUUUAUAUUAUUUUAUUUUUUUUUUUACAUAAAACCAGUAGACGUAAUGCUAUUUUAGUACUGUUUUAUUUUUAUUAAUUCAAUCAAUGCCAUACAUUUAAAAGGGAAUAUUUUUAUUGUUAUUAACUUUUGUAUUCAUAUUAUUAUUGCAAUAAUUUACCAUCUAUUGAAAAUGUGACGAUUUUAAGUGUAUCGUUUUAUAAAAAUAACAUAACAUCUUCAUGUUUAGUUUUUUAGAAA